AUGUCGGCAUCGGCAUCUUCGUUCAAUGCUGGUGCAGCAACAGGUGGUUUAGCAUCUGCAACUGGCAAGCUCUCUCGCGCCGAGUUUCGACGACAAAAAGACCUCGAGGAAGAUCGAAAAGCCGGUCGUGCACCUGCCGAACUCGACGAGGAUGGCAACAUCAUCAACCCACACGUACCCUCGUACAUGGCGCAAGCACCCUGGUAUAUGGACACUGGGUCGCGCUCGCUCAAGCAUCAAAAGAAACCGGUGGAUCCAAACGCAGUGAAAGCGGGCAUCAACGAUUGGUACCAGCGCGGCGCGUCUUCUUCUUUGCUGCCAGAUGCUCCUGUAGCGAAAAAGUUCCGAAAGGGUGCGUGCGAGAACUGCGGUUCCAUGUCUCACAAGACCAAAGACUGCCUGGAGCGUCCGCGCAAGAAGGGAGCCAAGAAGCUUGGCAGGACGCUAGCUGGCGAUCAUAUGUUGCAAGAAGUGCAGGGCUUGGACUACGCAGCCAAGCGAGACCGGUGGAAUGGGUAUGAUCCUGCAGAGCACAAAAAGGUAGUGGAGGAAUUCGAAGCGAUCGAACAGGAACGUCGACGGCUCAAAGAAGAGCAGAUCGACAAUCAGACUUCGUCCGAUCUGAAGCACGCCAAACGGCUUGCGCAGAAGCAGUCCAAGUCGAAGCAAACCGGCGAUGGCGCGGAUGAUCUCGAUUUCAGCUCCUCGGAUUCGGACGAUAGCGAUGACGAAAAGUACGCUGAUAAGGCGGAUGCUGUAGGACAAAAGGUGGAUACCAACAAGCGCAUCACUAUCCGCAACCUGCGUAUUCGCGAAGACCGCGCAAAGUACCUGUACAAUCUCGACGUGAAUUCGGCGUACUACGAUCCCAAGACGCGCACCAUGAGGGAAGCGCCGAACCCCAAUAUCCGACCCGAAGACGCCGAGUAUGCCGGUGACAAUUUUGCGCGUGCCCAAGGCUCGGACUCGGGCGCGCUGGCGAACUUGCAACUGUUCAGCUGGCAAGCCGAGGCGCAUGGCAACGAUCUGAAUCUGCAAGCCAACCCCACGGCCAACGAGCGGCAGUAUCGCGAAUUCCAACAGCGAAAAGAGAAGCUGCGCGAUGAAACCAAGGGCAGCAUUUUGGACAAGUACGGUGGAGCCGAACACUUUGAUUCGUUGCCCAAGGAGCUGCUCACAGGCCAGACGGAGCAGUACGUCGAGUACAACCAAGCGGGCAGGAUCGUCAAGGGCUUAGAGAAGGUGGUACCGAAGAGCAGGUGGGAGGAAGACGUGCUGGAAAACAACCAUGUCAAAGUGUGGGGUUCGUGGUUCGAUUUGGAGCUGGGCGUUUGGGGGUAUGCAUGUUGUCGGUCGACGGUUUGGAACAGCUACUGUACGGGCCAAGCUGGAAUCGAGGCUAGUAAGGCGAGUUUUGUGCCGAGCAAGCGCACGCCGGACGAGAAAGCUGUAGAGAAACGUGCGACACGCGACGCCGGCCGGAGCAAGAGGCGGCGGUCUGUGUCCGUAUCAUCUUUAUCACCACCUUCACGAUCGGGCACGGCGUCUGACGAUAGCGAAUCCGACGCGUCGCACCACCGCAGUCAUCGACAACAACAGUCUGGCACCAGCUACACUUUGCGCAAAAACAUCGGUUCCGGCAACGUCAGCUCACGCUUGGACAAAGCCAAGCUCUCAGCAGCCAUCCUGGAAGAACGCGCCAAACACGAUCCCUCUCUCGCCGCCAAACUCGCGCAGCAAAAACAGGCCAACUUCGACGCCCUCCCCGAUUGGCUCAAGGACGCAGAAGCCAUCAACGCUAAGCACAAACGUGCCACCGCACUCACCACCCACGAUCCUACAGACGUCACAGACGAACAGCUCGAGGCGUAUAGACUCGUCAAUCGGGCCGCAAACACCGCCGCCCUCAGCGAAGACCCCAUGGCGAAUUAUCGUGAUCAGGACGACGACUAG